GGGAGGGUCAUGCUGGGGGCCCGCUGCCUGCUCCGCGCCCUGCGCUCCUGCUCCUCGGCUCCCCGCCCGACGGCCGGCCCGGCGGCUGCCCUGAGCGUGCGGGCCGCCCUCGCGGUGCGGAGCCCGGGCGGGGAGCGCGUGAAGGUCCAGGGAUGGAUUCGCUCGGUCCGGUCCCAGAAAGAAGUCUUGUUCCUGCACGUAAAUGAUGGUUCAUCUUUGGAAAAUCUUCAGGUUGUAGCAGAUUCAAGCUUUGCUAGUAGAGAACUGGCUUUUGGGAGUUCUGUUGAAGUUCACGGGCAGCUGGUACAGAGUCCAUCCAAAAAGCAAAACGUGGAACUGAAGGCAGAAAAAAUUGAAGUUGUUGGAAAUUGUGAUGCUAAGACUUUCCCCUUUAAGUAUAAAGAGAGAUACCCUCUGGAGUAUCUUCGACAGUUCCCGCACUUGAGGUGUCGGACCAAUGCCCUGGGGGCCAUACUGAGGGUCCGCAGUGAAGCCACAGCCGCCAUUCACUCUUUUUUCAAGGAAAGCGGCUUCGUGCAUAUCCACACUCCCAUCAUCACGUCCAACGACUGCGAGGGCGCCGGGGAGCUCUUCCAGGUUGAACCUUCAAGCAAAAUGCAAGUACCAGAGGAGAAUUUCUUCAACGUUCCUGCUUUUUUAACUGUCUCAGGACAACUUCAUCUGGAAGUGAUGUCGGGGGCUUUCACUCAAGUGUUUACCUUUGGUCCGACAUUCCGAGCAGAGAAUUCUCAGAGCCGGCGACACCUCGCCGAGUUUUAUAUGGUGGAAGCCGAGAUUUCGUUUGUCGAGAGCCUUCAAGAUCUCAUGCAGGUCAUGGAGGGACUUUUCAAGACCGCGACAAUGACGGUUCUCUCGAAGUGCCCUGAGGAUGUCGAGCUCUGCCACAGGUUCAUAGCUCCUGGCCAAAAGGACAGAUUAGAACAUAUGCUUAAAAACAACUUUUUAAUCAUUUCUUACACAGAAGCAGUGGAGAUCUUGAAGCGGGCAUCCCAGGACUUCACCUUCCCACCCAAGUGGGGCGCCGACCUGCACACGGAGCACGAGAAGUACCUGGUGAAGCACUGUGGCGACGUGCCCGUCUUCGUGGUCAACUACCCGCUCACGCUCAAGCCGUUCUACAUGAGGGACAACGGCGACGGCCCGCCCCCCACGGUUGCAGCUGUUGAUCUUCUGGUCCCGGGUGUGGGCGAGCUCUUUGGAGGAAGCCUCCGAGAAGAACGGCCUCACUUCCUAGAGCAGCAGCUGGCCAGACUCGGACUGACGGAAACCUACCAAUGGUAUCUGGACCUCCGUCGGUUUGGAUCAGUGCCACAUGGAGGUUUUGGAAUGGGAUUUGAGCGUUACCUGCAGUGUAUCCUGGGAGUUGACAACAUCAAGGAUGUUAUCCCUUUUCCAAGAUUCACGCAUUCGUGCCUUCUAUAGCUGCACAUCUGCCAAAGGAGUCCCUCCAUGCAGAAGGACUCUGAAUGCGUGUGCAUUCCAGAGAAGGACUGCUUAUCAGAAACACAGACGCAGCAUCUACUGGCAUGUAGCUGUGAUGCUGCAGGAGACAGCGUGGGAAGGGAACACGGUCAUGACUUUCGUAGGCAGGGGGCGGCAUUUCAUGGAGGAGGAGCAGCAGUGAGAAUCUUAAAUCUAUUAAGUGAGAAUCUUAAAUCUAUUAAGAAGAAAGUUGAACUGGCUGGUCCCCAAGGUCCUUCCAGUUUCUGAGACAGGAUGAGAUGGUAUAAUUUACUUUGUCUUUAACAGUCAUAUCUCUGCCUCUGUGACCUUUGGGAAUCAACUGGGAGCUACCGAGGAAAUGUUGGAUUCUUUCUCCCUUGCCAUUUAGCCUAUGGCAAAUGCACAUCUCCUUCUUAGAGCUUUACAGAACAUCACCGAAGAAAAUAAUCCUGUGGUUUUUUUUUUAAUCAGGAAAAAGGCUUUUUAAUGUCAUAAUCAACUAUUGAUCUUUAGUUAUAAAAAUUAAGAUGUGUUAGUUAUUUUAACUAAUCAUUGUAUCAUAAUUAAUUUACAAUAGAUGUUGAGAAUUUCUCUGAUAAUAAAAGAUUCUUGAUACAU